AUGAAGAUCUAUUGCUUCCUUUGUUUGUUCCUGUUCGUCGUUAUUGAUGUUGCAGAUUUUGAUACCCUUGACUCCGAUGUUCAAUUAGCCAACGGGAGACCAGCAUUUCCAAAAUACCCAAUCUAUCAGCGGAAUUCACGAAAAAUUGAUUGGGAUGAUUUGACGAAAUUCGUAUCUGAGUAUAAACGAGGCAAAAGUAUUUUCGUUCCAAAAAGAUUCAUGCACAAAUAUCUGAAGAAACACGGAGACGGGAAAUCAGGACACGGAGGAAAACCAGCAACUGCAGAACCACCAGUGGGGACUUAUGGGUGGAAGAAUAUUCCUGGCGAUUACGGAAAAUACUUAUACUUCUUGAGGAAUUCAUCAAAAUAUGAGUAG